UCCUCCUGUCUCUACAGCAGCGUUAACACAGGAGCUGCAGUGCCUGACUGUGCUUACUCCUGUUUAUCUUCUGCUGAUUCUUCUGAAAAGGGAAUAAAGGAGCAGACAGCGAAGGGCGGAGAUGGUAAACUCAGAAAUGUGCACUGGACCACUGAACAGGCAUGUGCGCCUCAGGCUUUCUCUGCAAACUUUCAUCCUGGGCCCGGUGGUUGUGUUACUGCUUGGUCGACAUGUCCUUGCUGCGUGUCCCUCCAUGUGCUCUUGCACUCACAACCACCGGGAGGUGGACUGCUCCUGGAGGGGACUCCGACUGCUGCCCGACGGACUGCAGCACAACGUCCGCUCUCUAAACCUGUCUCACAACCGAUUCCACAACCUGGACGACCAGCUCACCAUGUACACCCACCUCCGCGUCCUCGACUUGUCUCACAACCGACUGCACCACCUGCCCACUGGCCUGCCUCGGUCCCUUUGGCAGCUCUACGCUGCUUCUAACCGUCUGCAGGUGCUGGACAAGAAUGACACCGUCUACCAGUGGAACUUGCGAACACUGGACCUGUCCAACAACAAGCUGGAGCGAGCCAUCUUCAUCAACAACACGCUGACAAACCUGUGCACCCUCAACAUGAGCCACAACAACUUCUGGACUUUGCCCACUAACCUGCCUGUUAACCUGGAGGUUGUUGAUCUGUCCCACAACCUGCUGGUGAAGGUGCUGCCAGGCUCUCUGGACAGACUCCCCAAGUUGACGCACAUGUACCUGCACGCUAACCGCUUCUCCAUGCUGCCUUUUGGAGUUUUGGACAAGUUGACAUCACUUAAGGUUAUCACUUUGGGUAACAACCCUUGGGGCUGUCGUUCUUAUUCUGACAUCAACUACUUACUCUCCUGGACGCAGCACACUCCUGCCAAAGUUCUGGGCUGCCCCUGUCACACCCAGUCAGUCUGUGGAGAGGGACAUCCCAGCAGGACAGGAGGUUGGCACCACGUGGCCUAUGACCUGCACUCCCUGGCAUCGAACGCCCAGGACCUGAGAACCGUCACUCCCAGAACCAGUGUUCCUCCGCGGUGGCCCGAUCACGGUCGGCUCAUUACCUCAGUCACGCUCGGACAGGGUUACCCUUUCAAAGGUCAUCAUCCUGCCAGUGCACACCCCGACACUUUUAUUCAUAUGUUCCACACCACGUCCCCUCCAGUUCCUGGCACUAACAUACACUCACCCCCUGACUCAUUCCACGUGACGGGCACGUCCUCUUUUUCUAUUCGCACCGAAACAGCAGCAGAGGCUGACGUGUCGGUGAGCACAGAAAAAUUCUCCACAACAAACAGUGGCUUCGGUCAAACAAAGAAAACGACCACGCUUCGCACCCGCAGUGUGAGGAGACAAAAUCAGUCCUACCCCAAGGGCAUCAGCAACAGCGGAAGCCUGCCUCUCACUUUCUGCCCCUCGCUACCCACACUUGACAAUGUUAGAUUUUUGCUGCUCAUCCUACAACUCAUCAUCUGAAAAGGUCAUUAAAGACUUGUUUCCGGAACCGCACAGAAGUCACCUGUGGCCUGCAGUGGAACAGUAGCCGGACUGGACUGGGUCUGACAGCAGCCAGGAAGACAGCUGAUUUAAGCUGCAUGUCUGUCCUUAAAUCAGUUCUUUUUUCUUUUUUUGUACAUACCAUCAAUUUCUUUUAUCAUUUUACAUAGCAGCAUGAAGGACUGCCUCAGCUGACAUCCUCUGACCUGCUACUGCUGUAUGUCGAUGACAUACUUUUCAUCAGAUUUACUGCACCUUACAGAGAUCCUAAUUUUAGGUCGUACUAAAUAGAUUAUAUUCUAAAUCAUGUGCCAUUAAUAAUGAUGCACAGCAUACGAGUCCAUUAUGAGUCCAUUCUAAAACUGACUCAGUCAAUUUAGCAGUGAUGAAACUUCAAACUUGGAUUUUGCUGGACAGUUUCCUGCAUGUAGUCUGUAGGUCAAAGUUAGAAGCUGCUCCGCAUUCCAUGGGUAGCAUGGUCUGGUUCUAGUCAGUUCAUGAAAUAUUACUAAUUUGACAAAUACUUUAGUCCUUUAGCCAAGGGUGGAUUAUCUUUAAAACCUUUGCCCUUGGUUUUUAAACAAAUGUUUUGGUGAAUAAAAUUAUAAUUAGAAUCAGAUUUAAUUGCACUGCGUUUUAAAACGUAUGCCAACUGUUCCUAAACUAAACUCACUAGAAGAAAGAAAAAAAUACCGUAACCAAAUAACACCGUAAUAAAACAUCCUCUGUGGAAUGUGAUUUUAUAAUUUUUAUAUUAAAUACGUUUUUCUAAAAUCGCACAAAAUUGUAAUGCCUAAAAUUAAGCACAUGAUGGCACUAUACAUUCAGGUAACAGUCUAUGGCCUUGUACUUUGUCUAUGAGCACAUUUGGAGUUUUAUAAGCACAUUAAAUAAUUGUGGAUUCCUUUUUUUAUUUUGUUAUCUUUUUUAGUCAAAUGUUGUCCAGUUAAUUUUUUUUUUUAAGAUUUAUUUAUUAUUUUGUUCUCUCAGAUACUUGUUUAGAUUUACAGUUUAUAUUUCAUCCACUUCUUGUUAAAAAUUCUCAUCGUCUUCCAUUCAUGUUCAUGUCCUUCCGGAGACAUUAUAAUGCAAGAAAGUACAGAAGCCAUCACUUGUGCUGUAUAAAACAGCAAAGGACAAAUGCACUGUGGAGCAGAGGGCAGAGCAUGCACUGCUGUGUCACCAUCUUCAACACUUCUGAGUGCUGGCUUUUGCAUUUUGAUUACAUCAACAACUUGAGUGUCCUUCAUGAUUCAGUGGCGCUUGAAAAAUUAUCUGCAUGAUGAUGGAACGUUUCAGGAAUGCUAACCUACUUGGUAUUUCCAGCUUAUUUGUGUAAAAUGUUAAGAUAUUCAAACUGUGAUUGCAUUUUAAGUAGAAAUGGCAGCGAUGUGCUUCGCUCCAGACUUUACUUUCCAGCACUGCAAUCACAUUUCAUGUGCCAAAAUACAAUGGGAUUCAUAAUACAGUGAAUGCUGCAGUCGAUACGCUUAAAAAUAAAGCU